GACUCCGCAGCGUGAAAGGAAAGGAGGGGACAACCCUGAACCGAGCUCAUUUCUGCUCUCACGUUUCUGACCGGAGAGACUGUCCGCUGGUUCCGAUGAAAGAAGUCAAUCGUAACUCGGGGUGUUUUUCAUAACCAGGACCAACCAUCGUCCCCACAUGUGCUGACACGUCUCUCCAGACAUUACACACAUCCCGUCGAGCCCGGCGGAGGAGCACCGACUCGGUUUGACACAUAAGUGAAUACUAUACGAGAGAAGCGCCGAGGGGGGAAGAAAGAUGUUGCUGAAGGAGUACAGGAUAUGUAUGCCUCUCACAGUGGAGGAGUACCGGAUCGGGCAGCUCUACAUGAUCAGUAAACACAGCCACGAGCAGAGCGAUCGAGGGGAAGGAGUCGAGGUGGUCCAGAAUGAACCCUUUGAAGACCCGGCACACGGACAGGGACAGUUCACAGAGAAACGAGUCUACCUCAACAGUAAAUUACCCAGCUGGGCUCGAGCAGUGGUCCCCAAGAUCUUCUAUGUGACGGAGAAAGCAUGGAACUACUACCCUUACACCAUAACAGGUGAGGAGUGCUCAUUCCUGCCAAAGUUCUCCAUCCACAUAGAGACAAAGUACGAGGACAACAAAGGAUGCAACGACAAUAUCUUUGACACAGAGCUGAAGGAGCAGGAGAGGGAGGUGUGUUUCGUCGACAUCGCCUACGACGAGAUCCCCGAGCGCUACUAUAAAGACUCUGAGGACUUGAGAUAUUUCAAGUCGGAGAAGACGUCGCGGGGGAUUCUUCAGGAGGGCUGGAGGGACACGCAGGAUCCCAUCAUGUGCUCGUACAAACUGGUCACCGUCAAGUUUGAGGUGUGGGGUCUGCAGACGCGUGUGGAGCAGUUCGUACACAAGGUUGUUCGGGAUGUGUUGCUGCUGGGACACAGGCAGGCGUUUGCCUGGGUGGAUGAGUGGAUUGACAUGACGAUGGAUGAGGUGAGAGAGUUUGAGCGCACCAUCCAGGAGGCCACCAACCAGAAGAUCGGGAUGUUUCCCCCGUCGAUCUCCAUCAGCGAGACGCCCCUGUCCUCCUGUGCCCUCACCGGCCCCGCCAGCGCCCCCACCACCCCUAUGUGCACUGAUGCUCCUGAGUCCCUCUCUGUCCCCAAGGACCGACCACGCAAGAAAUCUGCCCCAGAAACCCUGACCCUUCCCGACCCUGCCAAAAGUGGGGUCCCGCAGAGCUCUAAGCUGAGCCCACUUCCAGAUUCCAACCAUCUCCAGUCAUCGCCGACGCCGUCCUCCAACUCUGAUCUUACUGAGAUGGAUGAGCAGUAGAAGGACCUUGGGAUGUCUUCCCCCACCCCCUUCUUUACUUAUAUUCCUGUAGCCUAACCUCCAAACACCAGUGCCCGGACGUUGAAGUUCUCUGGCCAUAUCAAAUGAUUUUACAUAAUCCUGGACACAAUAAUCAAUCUUUAUCAGUGCCAUUAACACCAUCCAGGCAGCUGUAGGCUCCACCUCCCUGACAGGGCUGACCUCUUCCCAACUAUUUAAACAACCACCUUAAUGUUCAAUCCAAACAAAGAUAUGCCAUAUCUUUUUUAUUUUGGGUGAGAGGCAGUUUCUGAUAUUGUUUGAAUAAAUUAUGUAUUGCGUUAUCUUAGCUUUGUUGUCUUUGAUCAGAUGAGCAGACACCCUACUAUCUGUUAAACUAUGAAUCAGUUGCCUUAUCACCACAGAGCCAGUGUUUUUUUUUCUAGUUUUGUUGAAGUGCGCAAAUAAAAACAGAUUUUUUUUAAAUUAGAGGUUAAAUCCAGAUUAGCACAGUAGACAUAAAGAUUUAGAGCAACACUUAGCAGAGUGACAGUCAAGUGCCCUCAUAACAGGAGAGUUUCCUGAGCGGUCCAAACUGGCCAGCAGAUUGGAUCGCACCCAACCUUUCCAUCACAAACCCCAACAACAAAGCAGAUGCAAGAUGAGUACAAUCACAGAGAGUUUACUCCUCAGGUCUCCCCAUCUUUUCCCAACUCGCUCUCCAAAGGCAGGGAUAUAACCAUACCUUUCUGCUCCUUCUUAUUGCCGAACAGCCGCAUUUAAUACCUCCACAAACUACAACACAGCACCUGAUGUAUGUACUCUACCAGUCUACUUAACCCUAGGAAUGUUUACACAUCCCGAACCUUGGAGCGUUUGUGUAUUUUAGCAUGACAAUUUAAUGAUUCCUAAACUUAAAUCUGUCAAAGUUGCACUGCAUAUAUCUUGUUCAAGCCAACCAAGAGGUCAGUAUGAUUACAAAAAACAAAUUCAAAUGUUGCCUGAAAUUAAUGCUGGACAUCACAUGUGACAUAAAGGUGAUCAAUAUUACCAAAUCAGCAAAUCACUUUGAUGUCAUAUGUAGGAAAAAAGGCCAUUUUGGUGAGUUUUGAAGCACCUACUGAUCUUUGUGCACAGAGGCGGUCGUACAAAUUCAAAGCCUGAUUUGAGGAGAGGGGCACGUGCAUCAAGCUGACUUGAGUAUGUGCCGGGAUGCAUAACGUUAGCUGAUGUGCUGAUGCCUUUGCUUUGCCUGUAAUGGUGGGUAAUACUGAGCCAGUGCUUUGGUUUGCAGGGAUAUUGAAACACAGUGACCCAAUAUUUUUUACUGGGCCUGUGCUGCAAGUUAUCAAGUAAGAAAGAGAAACAAAUACAUGAAGACAACAAGUUAUUCUUUGAGACCUGUUACGAUGCAAAGAUAUGAUUCAAGGAGGGUUUAAUAUGCUGCAUGUAUUAUUCACAGCAUAUAUACAUGUUAUGUAAAGUAUAUAUGUAUAUACUGUAAAUGAAUGGAUCGGUAACGUUUAUUCUGUGAUGCAACUGUAUGAAAAAGUGAAUGCCAACAUUGGAAGCUCUGUACUAAUUUUGUAUAGUAGAAAACUCAGAUUGUGAGUGAGAGCGAAGCAUGUCCAGAGAAUAUAGGCCGACAAAGUCUCGCAACUCAGUGCCUCUGCAUGCCAACUCUUAUCAUCGCCUACCAGUGUGUAAACCAAAACCUCUGAUUGUCUUAUUAUCUCCACAAACACAAAACAACAGUUUCUUUGCCUGUUUUAUAUUUCAGCUUACGCAUUUAACGGAGAAUUAAAAACAGCUAAAGCACAAAACUAAAACCCCAUUUCCCUGAAAAGUUGGGACGUUGUGUAAAAUGUAAAUAAAAACAGAGUGUGAUCGUCUGCAAAAUGUUAAAACCCCAUAUUGAUCUAAAAAAUAGCCCAAAGACAACAUGUCAAAUGUUGAAAUGGAGAAAUGUCUUUAAAAAAAUGAAAGAAAAUUAUAUUGAAUUUGAUGCCAGCUGAAUGUUUUAAAAAAAAGUAAGGACAUGGGUCAUGUUUACCGCUGUGCUGCAUCACUUUGUCUUUGAAUAAAACUUUAGAAGAGGAACUGAGGAGACCAGAUUCUGAAAUUCUGAGAGUGGAAUUUUUACCAUUCUCUGGUCCAAACAAAUCCAGAGCAUUCAGGACCAGAAUCUAAACUUAGAUCCUGAGCCCAUGCAGUGGCAUCCACUACAGAGUCAGGUCUGUUUUUAAUGCAGGACCGUCUGAUGAUCACGGCCGCCCAAUUUAUGUUUUCUGCUUUGUCCCCUCAGAAAAGCUUCAGAGAAUCUGAAAGGAAUCUCUGUGAGGUAAAGCUGAUUUUAAACCAAGUCAUGUUUCUAACCUUUUCCCGUCUUUUGUUACGACUGUCCCAACCUUUUUUGAAACAUGUUGGCAGCAAACCCAACGUGGACGUAAUUUUCAAAUACAUUUCUGAGUCUUAACAUUUAACAAUGUCGUCUUUGUGCUGUUUUCAGUCAAAUAUUGAGUUUCAAUAAUUUGCUUAUUAUCACACCCUGUGUCUAUUUACUGCAACUCAAUGUCCCCACUUUUAAGGACAUGUAGUAUGUGCAUCAUCAGAACCAACUCAGUAUAUUUGCAGAAAUCUGCAAUCUUCUAUUUUUCCAUUCCCAUUAUUUCUGAGUUAAAAGCGCAGACACAUUAGUGCACUUUCCAGUCUUCGACGGGUUACUAAACAAUGACGUUACAUCACAGUCUUUUUCGGUUUGUCGGACCAAAGUCCUUCAAUACAGCAGAGUGUUUAUGAAGAGAUUUAACCAAGGACAGUCCUCCGGGGUCUUGCCAUAAAACAAACAAACUGUUAAUAUAAUGUACAGUUUCUCACUCGCUUUUGUUAAAAAAAAACAAAAAACUGUAGCUAUUUAUCUGUAACUGUAGCUUCUGUCUUUUACCUUUUAAUGAUCACAAACGUUCUGUUCGAGUUCUGGGCCCUCUGUUUGGAUAAAGCUUAUACAUACAUACAGCUCUGGGGAUGACCAUCUCUCUUGUCAGGAACACAGAGAUCCAGGGAUGCUAUCGAUCCACUGCGGGCUGUUAAACAUACAAAUGCAAAACGUCCACUUGCUCUGUUUAAAAGAGUGACAUAUUAGGUAUUGUAAAUACUGUUGUUAAGUUUCUUACAUUGACAUGAAUGUGCUCAAAGAUUUCAGACCAUGAAGGAUAUGCUGUCGUGUGUUUGAAGGAUGACUUCUUCACAGACUCACAUGAAGGUUUUUUGAAAUCCUGCAUGUGUGUGUGUAUCAGUGAAGUCCUUUAUGGAGGAGAUCCAAUUCAGUAUCAUGAUUCCUCAUUGUAGUGCUGCAAUUUUGCGUUGCUUUCGGUUGACCUUGCAGAAGUUGUAAAUCUAAAUGAAGCAUUUCUUUUUUUUUGGUGGGGUGGCUGCUUUGACGUUUACUUGCUUUUCCUUCUUUUGAAUCGUAAUCCUGCUGUAAUUUGAUUUUGUGGUUGCUGUAUCGUUUGAAGGAAGAUCUAAAUCUGUUUAUCUUUGUUGCUUUUGAGAAGAGGACCAAGCGUUUCCCUCCUCCUGGUGCACUUUGCAUUCGACUUGUCGUGUUGUUCUCCUGGAGCCUGUUGCACAAAACCAGGAUCCCUGAGUUAGUUGCAGAAGUGCGUCGAGUGAACAAGGAGAAUCUCUGUGUGCGUCACUCUGUGCUGGAGAUCAGCUGGGACUCUGCAGUGCUGAGUCAUCCUGCAGCGUGAAACAGGCCCCAGGAGAGCCGUUCCUGUUCGGCUGCUGGAAGUCACUCGUAGUUCUUCCUCUUUAACUUUUAUUGUAUUUGAUAUAUUUUUACUGCCCUUUGAGGUUCUUUUGGUUCUCUGUUGUAACUUUACGUUUCUUCUGAAAUAGACAAAUAAACUUUACUAGCUAUUGAAA